UCACACAUUAAGAUUGCUUGGAGCCUACUUGGACGUACAAAUGGUUUUCUCUCAUGCGACCCAGCACCAAGUAGCUGUAUUCAGACUCAGACUAGGAUUCUCAUCACUUGGAAGUACCAUAUAUGGGCUGUGUGCAAAAUACAGUUGGAUAAACCUUUGAAUCUAAACAGUUACUUGGGAAAGAGACGAUUUCACAUGGAUGAUUCUCCACUGUGAGCAUCUGGGCUCUUCACUCUGUGUUAAAGUUCGUUCUGGAGACCUCCGUUUGUGGGAAAAUAUCACUCCAAUUUCAGGGUUGCGACAUAAACGUGACCUAAACUACUUUCACCUCACACAUUCUGUGCUCUUUUUUUUCCUGCGGUCACAGUCCAGUUGAAUAGGAUAUGAUGUCUAUAGAAUAACUUGUUAAUUCUGUUACACUAUAGAGACCACAAAGAAAAUAUUUCAAGGCAUUUUAUUUCCACCUCAUUCAGCAGCCUAUUACAGCAAAGAGUAGCAGACAUGGCGGACAACACGUCUCAACAUAACUUCAUCAUGCACCACCACAUGGAGCUGAGCACCCUCACCGUGUACAGGGAGAACAGCACCAACAACACCGGCGCCAGGGAGCAGAACUCUACGACCUGCUCGCUCCGCAUUCCACAGGAGCUGUUCCUGACGCUGGGCCUCAUUAGUCUGGUGGAGAACAUUUUAGUGGUGCUGGCCAUCAUCAAGAACCGCAAUCUGCACUCGCCCAUGUACUACUUCAUAUGCUGCCUGGCCGUCUCCGACAUGCUGGUCAGCGUCGCUAACGUGGUGGAGACCAUAGUCAUGUUGCUCACCGAACACGGGCUGCUAGUUGUCACACCUGAAAUGCUGCGGCACCUGGACAACGUCAUCGACAUCAUGAACUGCAGCUCGGUGGUGUCGUCGCUGUCCUUCCUGUGCACCAUCGCCGCCGAUCGAUACAUCACCAUAUUUUACGCGCUGCGUUACCACAGCAUUAUGACCACGCAGCGCGCCGUGACCAUCAUCGCGAUGGUGUGGCUGACCAGCAUCACCGCCAGCAUACUUUUUAUUGUCUACCACUCGCACACCGCCGUCAUUGUAUGCCUCGUCACCUUCUUCUGCAUCACUCUCGUCUUCACCGCUGUGCUCUACAUGCACAUGUUCAUCCUGGCGCACGUGCACUCGCGGCGCAUCAUGGCCAUCUACAAGUCUCGCCGCCAGGGCACGAGCAUGAAGGGCGCCAUCACGCUCACUAUCCUGCUAGGGGUCUUCAUUCUCUGCUGGGGACCCUUCUUCCUCCACCUUAUUCUCAUACUCACCUGCCCCACGACCCCAUUCUGCACCUGCUUUUUCAGCUACUUCAACCUCUUUCUCAUCCUCAUUAUCUGUAACUCGCUCAUCGACCCUCUCAUCUACGCCUAUAGGAGCCAGGAGCUUCGCAAGACACUCAAGGAGCUGCUCUUCUGCUCCUGCGUCACCUUUCGAUGCGAUUCCAUACUUGAGUGUCUAUUUCCAUGGAAGUUCACGUGACUGCAGGAUUUGUUCAGGAAUACAAUAUUAUUUGAUAUUUGUGGCACUAUUAGGCGUAUGCCUGCCGUUGUUGUUGAAUUAACUGAAAUACAUGGUGAAUGAGACCUCAGGUUGGAUUGCGCACAACGGCACAGCCACGAAUGGGACCUUUUACCAACCCCUGGCCUCUUCCAUGUUGCAGG